ACACAAGUCUAGUCUCCUUCAGGCCAAAGCCUAAUAAUUCCUCACAAAACAGAAAAGCAAAAAAAAAAAAACAAAACCAAAACUUUUGGUUAAUCUCUACAGCUUCAUUCAUCAUUACAAAUGGCGCCACCGCAAGAAGUGAUGGAGAAACAGAGCAACAACGGUGACGUCAUAUUCCGAUCAAAGCUGCCUGAUAUUUACAUCCCAAACCACCUCUCUCUCCACGACUACGUCUUCCAAAACAUCUCCGACUUCGCCUCCAAGCCUUGCCUCAUCAACGGACCAACCGGCCACGUCUACACUUACUCCGACGUCCACGUCAUUUCCCGCCGGAUCGCCGCCGGUUUUCACAAACUCGGCGUUAACCAGAACGACGUCAUCAUGAUCCUCCUCCCUAACUGCCCCGAGUUCGUCCUCUCUUUCCUCGCCGCUUCUUUCCGCGGCGCAACCGCCACCGCCGCUAACCCUUUCUUCACUCCAGCGGAGAUCGCCAAACAGGCCAAAGCCUCCAACACCAAACUCAUCGUCACCGAGUCACGCUACGUCGACAAGAUCAAACCCCUCCAAAACGACGAAGGGGUCGUCAUCGUUUGCAUCGACGAUAACGAAUCCGUCCCUAUCCCCGAAGGCUGCCUCCGCUUCACGGAGCUGACUCAGUCGACGACCGAGUCAUCAGACGUCAUCGACUCGGUGAAGAUUUCGCCGGACGACGUGGUGGCGCUUCCUUACUCCUCCGGCACGACGGGGUUACCCAAAGGAGUGAUGCUGACUCACAAGGGACUAGUCACGAGCGUGGCUCAGCAAGUCGACGGAGAGAAUCCGAAUCUUUAUUUCCACAGCGACGACGUCAUACUCUGUGUUUUGCCGAUGUUUCAUAUCUACGCUUUGAACUCGAUCAUGUUGUGUGGGCUUAGGGUUGGUGCGGCGAUCUUGAUAAUGCCUAAAUUCGAGAUCCAUCUGCUUUUGGAGCUGAUUCAGAGGUGUAAAGUGACGGUGGCUCCGAUGGUUCCGCCGAUUGUCUUGGCCAUAGCAAAGUCGCCGGAGACGGAGAGGUAUGAUCUGAGUUCGAUAAGAGUGGUGAAAUCAGGUGCUGCUCCGCUUGGUAAAGAGCUUGAAGAUGCCGUUAGUGCCAAGUUUCCUAACGCCAAGCUUGGUCAGGGAUACGGAAUGACAGAAGCAGGUCCAGUGCUAGCAAUGUCGUUAGGAUUCGCAAAAGAGCCGUUUCCAGUGAAAUCAGGAGCUUGUGGUACGGUUGUAAGAAACGCUGAGAUGAAAAUAGUCGAUCCGGACACCGGAGAUUCUCUUCCGAGGAACCAACCGGGAGAGAUAUGCAUCCGUGGUCACCAGAUUAUGAAAGGAUACCUCAACAACCCGGGGGCUACAGCUGAGACCAUUGAUAAAGAUGGUUGGCUUCACACCGGAGAUAUUGGAUUGAUAGACGACGAUGACGAGCUUUUCAUUGUUGAUAGAUUGAAAGAGCUUAUCAAGUAUAAAGGUUUUCAGGUGGCUCCUGCUGAGCUAGAAGCCUUGCUCAUUAGUCAUCCUGACAUCACUGAUGUUGCCGUUGUCGCAAUGAAAGAAGAAGCAGCUGGUGAAGUGCCUGUUGCGUUUGUGGUGAAGUCAAAGGAUUCAGAGUUAUCAGAAGAUGAAGUGAAACAAUUUGUGUCGAAACAGGUUGUGUUUUACAAGAGAAUCAACAAAGUGUUCUUCACUGAGACCAUACCUAAAGCUCCAUCAGGAAAGAUAUUGAGGAAAGAUCUGAGGGCAAAGUUAGCAAACGGGUUCUGAUGAUCAUAUCGAUGAUUUAAACCAAAGAGAUAACAAAGAAAAGAAAGCAAAAGAUGAUUUCAAUGUGUAUAUACAUUACAAGCUGUUUGACCCAAAGCGAAGGAAACAAAGUAUUCUUCAGUGAGACCAGUUCCUAAAGCUCCAUUGUUGUCUUUUGUUGUCUGUCUGUUUGUUGUUUUGUUUUUGGUUCGUGCAAUGAUGAUGGGCCUUGAUAACAAGGUAGUUUAUUUUUAUUUUUGGUUUCAUGUAACUUGUGCUGGAGAAAACAGCAGACCUUUUUUUUUUCAUAUAAUAAACUUACUCGGAUUUUAUAUGCAAACAGCAGACCUUUGUGUGUU